GGAGAGAGAGAGAGAGAGAGAGAGAGAGAGAGAGAGAGAGAGAGUGAAGGAGGCUGCAGACUUUCCGACCAGAGAGGAAGAGGAGAGGAGGAAGAAGAGGCAGAGAUAGAGGAGUCUCCAUCUUCGCCAUUUCAAUCAUGACUUUGGAAGAUACCCUCUGAAAUUCUGAAAUUGCUAUAAAGACUCUUCAGCUACAUGACCAGUGCUACACCGAGCUCUGACCAGAUGGAGGUGAAUGUGGUUAAAAAACGCCAUCGCACACGAUCCAAAGGAGUCAGAGCCGCCGUGGAAGCUGUAACACAAGAGCUGUUCAGCUGUCCCACCCCGGGCUGCGAUGGCAGCGGUCACGUCAGCGGGAAGUACGCCAGACACCGCAGUGUCUACGGCUGCCCGCUGGCCAAGAAGAGGAAGGCUCUGGAAAAGCAGCCACUGGAGCCGGCUGCCAAGAGGAGGCCCUUCCUCACCUCCUGCCCGGGCGAGGAGGAGGAGGAAGAGGAGGAGGAGGAGGAGGAUGCCGGCGCCUACACCAGCUACGAGAACGAAGCCAUGGAGGUGGGAGUCGAGGGGAAGGAGCAAGGGGAGGUAGUGGAGGAGGACGAGGAGGAAGAGGACGGGGAGAGGGAGGGGGAUGAGGACGGCGACGGGGAGGACGAGUUCUCGGAGGACAACGAGGAGCAGGUAGACGAAGAGGAGGAGGAGGAGGAGGAGGAAGAGGAGGAGGAAGUGGAGGUGGAGAGGGCGGACGCGGCAAUGGGAGGAGAGCGGGCGGAGGAGGAGGAGGAGGGGAUGUACGAGGAGGAGGAGGACGAACUGGAGGACGGCGACGACGAGGAGGAGCAGGAGGAUGAGGGAGAGGAAGACGAGCAAGAGGAGGAGGAGGAAGAGGAGGAGCAGAAUCAUCAGCACGUAGAGAACCACUACAAAGCCGGUGGACAAUCAAAGCUCGUUCCAAUCCUGAAGGACGACAACAACAACAACAGCUGCACCAUCGGCGCCGGCAACGGCACCGGAGAGGAGUACGAGAACUACGACGAGCUGGUUGCCAAGUCGCUGCUCAACCUCGGCAAGAUCGCCGAAGACGCCGCCUACCAGGCCAUGACCGAGUCCGAGAUGAACAGCAACUCCUCCAACAGCGCUGGGGAGGACGAGGACGAUGAGGACGACGACGGCAGCGACCAGGGCGACGGGAAGGGCGAGCUGAGCGUGGACCUGGACAGCGACGUGGUCAGAGAGACGGUAGAUUCCCUGAAGCUCCUGGCGCAGGGCCACGGCGCCAUGCUGCCCGAGGACGGAUACACCGAGGGCGUCAUGGUGGACGACGGCAGCCACGCGAACGGCCGCGUGAGGUCCCAGGCGGACGAGAGCGAGGAGGAGGUGUGUCUCAGCAGCCUGGAGUGUCUGAGGAACCAGUGCUUCGACCUGGCUCGGAAACUGAGCGAGACGCAGACGUCCGAUCGCCCCGCCCUCCACCACCAGCUCCACCAAACAGAUCAGCAGAUGAUGCAUCACCUGAGCAGGUAUGACAGCUGCCAGCAGGGAGCACCGGGGGAGCCCAGGUACUCCGACAUGGUGAACCUGAUGAAGCUGGAGGAGCAGCUGAGCCCCGCGUCCAGAGGUUAUCCGACCAGCUGCAGCCAGGAGGGCGAUGAAGAUACCACGUCAGUGGCCUCUGACCGCUCGGACGAGACCUUCGACAUGGCCAAGGGAAACCUGUCGCUGCUGGAGAAGGCCAUCGCCCUGGAAUCAGAGAGGGCGAAGGUCAUGAGGGACCGAAUGGCCUCAGAGCACACUUUUCCCCGCCGGGAUCACCAUCACCAUCAUCGCGGCCACGGCGAUCACAGCCCUAGGCUGAGUGGCGGCGGCGAGGAGCGCAAGUCCAGGAUGCACCACGACGGGUUGAAGAGGGCUUACUACCCUAAAGAUUCUUCCAGAGGUGAGAAGAAGGAGAGUAAGUGUCCGACGCCGGGCUGUGACGGUACCGGUCAUGUGACGGGUCUGUACCCGCACCACCGCAGCCUUUCCGGGUGUCCUCACAAAGACCGAGUCCCGCCUGAGAUCCUUGCCAUGUAUGAAAAUGUUUUAAAGUGCCCCACUCCUGGCUGCUCUGGACGGGGUCAUGUCAAUAGCAACAGGAACUCGCACCGCAGUCUGUCCGGCUGUCCCAUUGCUGCCGCAGAGAAGAUGGCGAAGGUCCACGAGAAGAGCCACUCGACUGACACUGGCAGUAAGACCAAUCAGACGUCAGAUCGGGUCCUCAGGCCGAUGUGUUUCGUCAAGCAGCUGGAGAUUCCUCAGUAUGGCUACAAAAACAAUGUUCCCACCAGCACGCCGCGGUCCAACCUGGCCAAGGAGCUGGAAAAAUACUCCAAGACCAGCUACGACUACAGCGGCUACGACAGCCAGCACGGCGGCUACGGAAAGAGAGGCCCGACAGGCAAGUCCCACCAUGGGCGAGACACCUCCCCGAAGGGAUACGACGCGAAGCGCUACUGUAAGACGUCAAGCCCGGCCAGCAGUACGACCAGCAGCUACGCUCCCAGCAGCAGCAGCAGCCUGAGCUGUGGAGGAGGAGGCGGAGGAGGAGGCGGUGGGGGAGGAGGAGGAGGAAGCAGUGCCAGCAGCACCUGCAGUAAGAGCAGCUUUGACUACACCCACGACAUGGAGGCGGCGCACAUGGCGGCCACGGCCAUCCUGAACCUGUCGACGAGGUGCAGGGAGCUCCCGCACGCUCUGGGAGGGAAACCCCAGGACCUGCUGACACAGAUCUCAGCAGUCAACUUGAGUCCGGUCGGGGACCUGGACGACAGCGGCGCAGUGGACGUGGCCGGUCAGCCCGGCGGUCCGGAGGGCAGCGGGACGGUGUUGACCCCCCUGCAGCCGAUGUCGCCCCAGCGGCAGGCUCUGCUCAGCAGCCGCUGCUACCAGCUGAGUGACGCCGACUGCUGGGACCUGCCCGUCGAUUACACCAAGAUCAAGCGGCUGGGAGACGAGCAGGACCACAAAGAGUCUGCUUAUUUCUCGUCCCUGCACCAGAGCGACGAGCUGGAUCCCUUCCAGGAGCUGCUGGACGAGCAGCGCUACCCGGCCGAGGUCACCAUGCCCAGCCCCAAACACCACAAGUACCCGCCCUGCAAGGAGAGCAAGAAGGAGCUCAUCACGUUGUCAAGCUGCCAGCUGGCCGACAAGAACAUCCGCGGGAUGAUGGCGACCAACACACAGGAACUCAAGUGUCCGACCCCCGGCUGCGAUGGAUCAGGACACAUCACUGGAAACUACGCCUCCCACAGGAGUCUGUCCGGUUGUCCACGAGCCAAGAAGAGCGGCAUCAAAAUCCUCCACAGCAAAGAGGACAAAGACGACCAGGAGCCAAUCAAGUGUCCUGUGCCAGGCUGUGAUGGACAGGGUCACGUGACGGGGAAGUACGCCUCCCACCGCAGCGCGUCCGGCUGCCCCUUGGCGGCGAAGAGGCAGAAGGACAGCUACGUCAACGGCUCGCAGUUUGUCUGGAAGUCCGGCAAGACGGAUGGCAUGAGCUGCCCGACCCCAGGCUGCGACGGCUCGGGACACGUCAGUGGGAGCUUCCUGACCCAUCGGAGUCUCUCCGGGUGUCCCCGUGCCACCUCGGCCAUGAAGAAGGCCAGGAUGAGCAGCGUGGACAUGCUGACAAUCAAGCAAAGAGCAAGCAAAGGCAUCGAAAAUGAUGAAGAAAUCAAACAGCUGGAUGAAGAAAUCAAAGAUCUGAAUGAGUCCAACAAUCAAGUGGAAUCAGACAUGAUAAAACUGAGGACACAAAUCACCACCAUGGAGACCAACCUGAAGUCCAUCGAGGAGGAGAACAAGGUGAUCGAGCAGCAGAACGACUCGCUGCUGCACGAGCUGGCCAACCUCAGCCAGUCGCUUAUCAACAGCUUAGCAAACAUCCAGCUUCCACACAUGAGACCGCUGCCACAGAAAGAGGCCCCAGUAAAGCAUAACUGCUGUUUACAGAUGCCUCCCAGAGAGCCAAUGAAUGAACAGAACUUUGACACUUAUGUGAGUACACUGACAGACAUGUACACUCACCAGGACCAGUACCAGAGCCCGGAGAACAAGGCGCUGCUGGAGAACAUCAAACAGGCCGUCCAGGGUAUCCAGGUGUAGCCCUGACCGAGGCCGAAGUAACAAAUGCAAAGCAAAAACAACAACAACAAGAGGAAAAAAAAAAAAAGGUCAAAAAGAGGGGAAUUGGUUGUUUUUUGCUGCUGUAAUCUACCAUAGUUCUUUUAUUUCUUCUGCUGUUAUGCUCUCAACUCCAUGGGUAUCUCUCUCUCUCUUUUUUUUUUUUUUUGGAAAUUAUUUUUGAUUGUCGUUGCCUUGCUUUGAAAAACAAAUUACCAACGUUUUAAACAAACAUUCACGUUUUGUACAUUUUCAUAUGAUCUAAUAUAAUGUGAUGUACUGUUUAUAGCUGCUAAUGUAUGCACAUUCUAGUGUAUAUGUAUGUAUUUAUUUAUCGUAAGCUUGAAUCAUUCUUUUUUAUUUUGAUGCAAUUUACAUACAUGAAAAAAACUGGGCGUCACGGGUUUAACUGGGGGAGCGGAGCGGCGGGCGCGAGGAGCAAUCAUUUUCCCGAGAGGCUUUGUCUCGCGAGCCGCGAAGCUGGAGGUUGUUCAAUGGAUGUAAAUUCAUUCAUUUUUGUAAUGUUUGGAAAAAAAACGUGGACCGUGUGGACACUAAUGUUACUGUAAAUCUUUAGCUAAAAAUUAUGAAAAAGAAGAUGACGAUGAACCAAUGCUAGAGGCGAGAAGAUCUUCAAACAUCAUGACACGGAAACUUACUGGUGCAAAUCCCAUCAUCCCCUUCGGAGUUGUUUCGUUUCAACCUGUCCUGUCCUGUCGCUUUUUUUUCCUUUGGUUGGUGCGGCGGGGGGGGGGAAACGAAAGCGGAGAGACCAAUGGCUACGGAAAAUGUAGGAGACAAUCUGCCAUUCUGAAUUUUCUUUUGAUCAUCAACCUUGACUAGCUAAUAGGACAACGUGUCAGCAAUAUUGGUAUGAUAAUAUUAAAUCGUUUGUUUAGAUAUGGGAUGCAAUCUAUAUGAAAACAUGUUUGGGUAUAUGCAAUUUCUUAUGAAUAAAACUAGCAAAGAGCUGAUAGAUCUUUUUACUAACUAUAAAUGUAUUGCGUUUUGUAUAAACCUUUUACUACAAUCAUGUUUUAGGAAUCUGACGCGGGUGAAAGGACUUUGGUUCUGUCAUGUUCGACUUUGCACAGGGACACCUUUGUUUCCAUGUUUUGAUGUUUUUAUUGUCGAUUAAGAGGCUCUUGGCAGGCGAAAGGAAUUUGUAGAUAUGAUUUUCCUUCCUUAAGGCUGAUGGCUCCACUGGACUUACAGGGUCAAACGUCCCCAUCCGUCAUUUGUAUAUUGCACUCGUCCUGUAGAAAAUGUCUUUCCAGUCAUGCAUCUUAUUGUCUGAGCCACAAUGGGACAUGAUGCCAGACGACGUGAUGACCAAGCAGCACUUUUUUUAAUUGUCUUUGAUUGUUCUUGAAAAGAUGAAUGAAAACUAGAGCCAGCAGUCGUGAUGCGAUGUCUGUGCACUGAAUCAAAAGACUGAGUAUUUGAUCUGAAUCGGCCUUACGAUGACAUUCGGUCUGAAAAUCAGUAGUACUGAUGGAGUAUGUUUUCUGAACACCGUCGAUCAUGCAUGCACUUUAUUGGAGUAUGUCAAAGUAUUAUCAUGUGGUAAAUGAAGCAAAAACUGUACAGCGAGUUUGUGGAAACUGUGACUUCGACAAGACUUUGUGCUGGUGAUACCUGUUUGAAAGCGACCUGGAACAAAUCUCACUUGAGUCGACUUGCUGUUUAAAGGAAAACUCUCCCCCUGGUCCCCUGACACCGCUGACCCGCUCCACUCCGGUGUAGUCGCUAACCCAUCAGAACCGAUUUUUAAAAGAUCUGCCGGAAACAAGACGCUGAACCACGCUGACAAGCCUCUGUCUGAAUACCUUUCGUGGUUUUUUUUAAUUAAACAUCAGAAAUGCUCCACUUUAGACCACCUGAAACAUGAUGUAGGAAAUGAAAAUAGUCAAACAUGAAUGCAUUGUUGCAGACUUGUUUCUCUUCCUCAGAAGAGAGGAGACGACUUAAACAACCCGUUCUGCAAAGUUGCACAAUGCGAGGAGUUACAUCAGGCGUCCAGGGUUCUUCUAAACAGCAGGUUGACUUCUCUCUGCUUAUUUCUCUGCUCUCGGUCCAGUAUUCCACGGGAAGGCAAAGCAAACAGUGCUAACGGGGAGUUUUCCUUUAGAGAUGUUCCUUUCUUUGGACUUUUGCUGCAAAGCCUCAUUCCCUGACUUCACACCUCUGUCCAAAGCUUUGUGUCUGCAGCUUCCUGCCAGUAAACUACUGCAUUAGAUAGACUGACAGCUUGUAUUUUUUAUUCAGUCAGUUAUUCUUACUGAAACAAAGGAAAUGGGAGUUAAAGCACAAUUCUGCCACUUAAAGACAGUCAAUAGACUAGAUAUUGUAAUAUCAGAUGUAAAAGCUAAACUGUAACUAUUUACAUAGAGAAUCUCAACACUAACAUGUGACAUGCUAGAAUGCAAAAGAAAUCCAUAUGAAUAUGUGAAAUCAUCCGUUUAUGAAGAUGUUGCAGUUUCUUUUGAGCGGUGCAUUGAGAAGGGGUUUUUAUACAACAUUCAUUUUCUCUCCUUUUCACCCCUUUUUCUCUGCCACUCGCGGACUUUCAACAGAAGUUUUUCUUACCACAUGGCAUGGGUUUCGUUGGUAUUUUUGCUGUAUGUUUAAGGUCACGAGUUGCUACGUGAUAUUUUAAUUUGACUUGUGAAGUUUGUACAAUUUUUAUCAUGCUGGUGUCGGCAUCUCUUGCUCUGAAUAAAUCUUGUGUUGCAACACUG